CACACUGAUCCUGACCUUGUAUUUUGUUUAUUGGAAAAAAUUUUACAUGUAGUAUGGAUAGUUUGAUACACAUAAUGUCUGUUUAAAUCUUACUCCAGAGCUUCCUGGUCUUAAUAUCUCUCUUAUCCUCAGGUUAGCAAUUGGAAAAGCAUAAAUGCUUCCUAUUUUAACUUGUAGAACACACAUUAUCCCUAAACAUCGAUUCCAAAAUUUAGAUGCAAAGUGUGUAUUUCUGUUUUUUCCCUGAAAAUCUAACUUCAGGACUUCAUGGCCUUGAAACUCUCCAAAAUCAAGACAGCUACUGUUUAUUAAUGGGUGGCUCCUAAUUUUACUUGUAGAGAAGAUUUUACCCAUAUUCUUUUGUGAUAAUUUCGGAUAAUGUUUAUCCCACUUUUUGUUCCUUGACUAUAGUGGAAUGUCCACUGUGGUUUCAAUAUGUUGUUGCAGUAUGCGGUUCUAUACUGUUGACGUGAAUAGUAUUCCACACAAUCUUGUUAUAUGCGCGGGUGUCACUGUAAGUUUCUCCAACUCUUCAUGGUCUAUAGUUCCUUACAACGUGGGUUCAUCAAGAAACCGAUAAUUUGAAGAAUAUAUUAUCAAAAUGUUUUUAGUUAGUGUUACUGUUUUCUACUUAGUUUGUCAAGAAACUUGAUUAGUGCUUUAUGUUUUACACUUGCAUGUAAAUGCAUCUUGCUGGGUGGAAGUGUAGAACUUGUCCAGAAGCAGCUACAAAGAGCUAUAGAUCGGGAGAGAAUAUCGUCCAGGUUCACAACAUCUGAGAGUAUUGAGUGAUACUGUGUUUAGAACUAUGUGGGCAGAAUUUGAGUGGGAAAACAAGGUCGCUGUACAUACUGUUAUUCAAAAUGAGAAAGAGUUUCUGGACCAUAUUAUCAAAUCAACCAAUAUGAAAUGCUUGACUGCUCCGUCUGCUCUAGAAGGUGAAUGUGGGUUUCUUGCUGCAAACUUGUACGCAAAGAGUGUCUUUGGAGAGGAUGCUUUGGUUAGUGUGAGCAUUGAGAAACAAGCAGAUGGGAAGCUUAGCGGCUAUAUAAGGAUUAGGAGCAAAACUCAAGGAAUUGCUCUAAGCUUAGGGGACAAGAUCACUCUCAAGCAGAAAAAGGAGGCAAUUGAUCUAGUCUUGCGAUAUCCAAUCAGCAAACCUCUCAAGCCCUCUUCGCCGGUGCAAUCCCAUUUCUAUCAUUUGAUAAUUUCCUCUCAGGAGCAAUCCCGACCUCUCUUUGAUGAACAACAACUUGACAGGUCAAAUUCCACAAGGCAUCGGAGAUCUUCCAAAACUUGAAAUCUUGAACCUGUGGACUAACAAUCUAUCUGGGUUUACCGCAGAAACUCGGCUCAAAUGCCAAGUUACAGAUUCUCAAUGACUCUACCAAUUCUCUCUCCGGUCCAAUUCCGGCCAAUCUUUGGCUUGGCAACAAGCUGGAGAAGCUAAUCUUGUUCAGCAACGACUUCAUCUAUCGGAGCUUUGCCGAAAUCUCUGUCCGUC